AUGGGCGCCGCGCGCCAAGGUAAGCAGCGGACCCCGGCCCGGCGCCAGGCGGCGCCACAGCGGUGCCCGCGGAGCAGCGGGCUGGUCUUGAGCCAUCCGCUCUUCGCAGGUUACGCCUGGCUGUGCGCCCUGCUCUGGCUGCUGGGGAAGCCGCCCGGAGCCGCUUCCGUGGCAAUUUGCGCCCGGCAGGGAGACUCGGGCUGCCGCUUCUUGUCCGUGUCUGAUCUUUUCGACCGGGUGAUCCAGCACUCGGACAGGCUACACAGCCUCUCCACGGCGCUCUACUUGGACUUGGAAAAAAACUUUCUACCCAAUGGAAACGAGUUGGGCAAAUGGACAGGUAAAUGCCACACCUCAAGGAUGCUAACGCCUAAUGGCAAGGAGUAUGUUCAAAAAAUACCGAGAGAAGAACUAACUCACUUGAUACUGAGACUCUUGCAAGCCUGGAAGGAACCACUUUCCCACUUUGACCAGAAUAUUGGUCAUCAUCAAGAAUUCUCUAGUGAUAGCCUGAGCAAAGCAAAGCAAAUCAGCAGUAUGGUGCAUGAGUUGAAGACUGGAAUGGAGAAAGUAACAGAGAAGAUGCAGUCAAUGGGGAUCAUCAGCAAUUCAUUGAAUGGAAUGGGAUCAUCAGAAGCAGCUGGUUUAUCCAUUAGUAAUGAAGCAAAUUUGAUGAGUGACUAUGAGUUUAUUCACUGCUUCAGGAGAGACUCCAAUAAAGUACAAAGCUACUUAAAAAUUCUUAAAUGUAGGAUUUGGCCAGGAAAUAGUUGUUGAGUUUUAAUCUCUGACAGGCAAUUUUCAGAAUUAAAGCUACAUGUUGUCUGCAAAGAUCGAACAAAAUAAUUUAUAAAGGUUUUAUGACAUUUGCAGUAAUAGUAAAUUAUUAACAAAGAAAACUA